AUGGUUCUGACAACUUUAUCAUCUUGGGUAACAAGUUUUGUGCCUUCUAGUACUGAGCUUACAAGCAUUGACCCGACACAUUCUGCAAAUUUAGUUGCUUCAUUAUCUUCCGCGAAAAGUAAAUUUGAAGUUGUGACUAAUACCGAAAGUCUCGCAACAUUUUCAGCCGCCAUAAGAGGAGCUCAAGCGUCAUUGAGUGCAAUCAGUUACGAGGAGGUCAUUGCAACCGCGACAGACGACAGCGUUAAAGCUAGCGCCUCAAAAGGGCUUUAUAAUGCUACUGUCAACUUGAAGGAAUUGGAAUGGGAGUUAAAUCAGUAUGGUAUGUAUCUUAAGAUGGCACCAAAUGCAUUGUAUACGGCUCUCUUUGGUCUUUUGUUCAUAUUCUUUUUGAUAAUUACAUUUUGGAAAAGAACUUGGUGGUUUGGUAUUGCUAUGAGUUGUGGUUGUGGAUUGGAAUUUGCUGGAUACAUCUCUAGAGCCUUGUCAGUACAUGAUCUUUCAAACAACGACACAUUUUUGGCCCAGAUUAUUUGCCUUACUAUUGCCCCCGCUUUCAUCAUGGGUGCAAUAUAUUACCUAUUGGGUACUUUGAUAAUCUUGUAUGGCCCAAAAUAUUCAAAGCUAAAGCCCCUGUGGUACUCAAUUAUAUUUGUCUUUUGCGAUGUCGUAAGUUUAAUUGUACAAGCUGUUGGAGGUGCUUUAGCUAGCUCAAAUGAUGAUAAUGAAAAUGGAACACAUAUUAUGGUAGCAGGUAUUGCAUUCCAAAUAGUUAGCAUGUCACUCUUCUUUUUCUUUUGGUUUUGGUUUUUAUUCGAGAUAUACUUUAAUGCGGACAGGCAGAUCACGUUUUCAUUGAAGAGACUUUUGCAGCUAUUUUUCAACACAAAGGAAGGGACAAUACUACAUCGUCAGCUAGAUACUUCUUAUACCCAGGCAUAUCAUGACAUUAGGGCUGCUAGGUUAUUUAAUUUUUUUCCGGCAGUAAUCACAUCGUCAGUCGUUUUUGUCUACGUCAGAUGCAUUUAUCGUGUGAUUGAACUCGCCCAGGGAUGGAGAGGCUUUUUGAUUACUCAUGAAGUAUAUAUUAUGGUCUUGGAUGCUGCUAUGGUGUUCUUAGCUUGUGUUUUAUAUGUACCAUUCCAUCCAGCUUACAUCUUAGGGAGAGCGCUAGAUUCAAAAUUCAACUUAUCUAAGAACACAUUCAUAGAGUUUGAGAAAUGUGAUACAAUAGACUCGAUGAAGAUAGAAGAUGUUCUAUAG